AGAGGAAGUGAAUCUGUUCUGCAGUCUCUGGCAGCAGCUGAAAUGGCGCAGCAAGAAAAUCAACUGGACAGAGAAAGAUUCUGCUGCUCGAUCUGUCUGGAUCUACUGAAGGAUCCGGUGACUACUGGCUGUGGACACAGCUACUGUAAGAGCUGUAUUAACACCCACUGGGACAAAGGGAGGGAGAGAGGAAGCUACAGCUGUCCUCAGUGUAGACAGACCUUCACACUGAGACCUGUCCUGGUGAAAAGCACCAUGUUAGCUGAUUUAGCGGAGGAGCUGAAGAAGACUGGACUCCUAGCUGCUCCUGUUGAUCACUGCUAUGCUGGAUCUGAAGAUGUGGCCUGUGAUGUCUGCACUGGGAGAAAACUGAAAGCUCUCAAGUCCUGUUUGGUUUGUUUGGCCUCUUAUUGUGAAAAACACCUCCAGCCUCAUCUUCAGUCAGCUCCAAUGAAAAAGCACAAGCUGGUGGAGCCCUCGGAGAAGCUCCAGGAGAACAUCUGCUCUCGUCACGACGAGGUGAUGAAGAUGUUCUGCCACACUGAUCAGCAGUGUAUCUGUUAUCUCUGCUCUAUGGAGGAACAUAAAGACCACAACACAGUGUCAGCUGCAGCAGAAAGGACUGAGAGGCAGAGAGAGCUCGGGCUGAGAAGACAAAUAAUCCAGCAGAGAGUCCAGGACACAGAGAAAGACAUGAAGCUGCUUCAACAGGAGGAGAAGACCGUCAAUGGCUCUGCUGAUAAAGCAGUGAAGGACAGUGAGGAGAUCUUCACUGAGAUGAUCCGUCUGCUGGAGAAAAGAAGCUCUGAUGUGAAGCAACAGAUCAGAUCCCAGCAGCAAACUGAAGUGAGUCGAGUCAGAGAGCUUCAGGAGAGACUGGAGCAGGAGAUCACUGAGCUGAAGAGGAAAGACCAUGAACUGAAGCAGCUCGCAGACACAGAGGACCACAACCAGUUUCUACACAACUACCCCUCACUGCCACCACUCAGUGAAUCUACACACUCAUCCAGCAUCGAGAUCCGUCCUCUGAGGAACUUUGAGGACGUGACAGCAACUGUGUCACAGGUCAGAGGUCGACUACAGGACAUUCUGAAUGAGACAGAGACAGAGAUUUUACAGAUUGUGUCUCAAGUGGAUGUUUUACUGCCACAACCAGAACCAGAGACUUCUUAAGAUAUUCACAGGAAAUCACACUGGAUCCAAACACAGCACACACAGAGCUGUUAUUAUCUGAGGGAAACAGAAAAGUAACACACAUGAGUGAAGAUCAGUCUUAUUCUAA